GGCAUGAAGAACCAGAGCUGGUGUGGGUUGACGGCCAAGAUGGGCACAGUGCUGUCGGGCGUCUUCUCCGUCAUGGCGACCCACAUGCACCUCAUCUUUGAAAGGAAGCAUCUCGGGAACGGCAACUGCACGGAUAACGUCCAUUCUCAGGGCAUCAAUAUACUGAGUCACUUCUUCAUCUGCUGGAGCUUCAAAAUCGUCCUCUCCCUGUCCCUCAUCACCAUGCUAGUCAGCUGCUUCCUCCUGUACUCCGUGUACGCCCAGAUUUACGAGGGCCUGAUGAGUUACACAGUCUGGAUCAUCAUAUAUGAGGCCGUCAACCUGGCUGUCCAGACCCUGACGGACGAGUUCAGCGUGGCCCUGGUCAGAGCCAUGCGAUGGUUCGGCUGGGUAUCCCGGGCCUCCCUACACUGCUUCUGGCUAUAUUUCGUCGUCACCCACGCCCAAAUCAUCUACCAGAGCAAAAAACAGGGCAACAUAAUCACCUACCAUAGGCGUAUCUCUUUGGGAAUCGGAGAGACUCCAAGGCGGAAAUCAAAGAUUAUAAACUUUAUCCCCCACUACAGUGACUAAUUGGUGACCAUUUCCAAUCCCUGGAGAUUCUCGGGGUAGUCCUAGUCCCCCACAUACAUCUUUCCUUUUUUGGGGGGGAGGAUUGCCUUUGGUAUGCUGUAUCCUCUUUAGCCUCGACCCCUACCUAGCCAUGUCUGCUGUUACAGACCUGACAAGUAAAACAAUAA